UUGUAUUAAGUCCCAUGGUGGGAUCGUAAUUACAGAAACGAUGCGUAAGUGCUCUCCAGUAAUCGCUGCUGGGGCUGUAUCUACUGGUCAUUGCUUCGGCUCCCAAUUAGCUUACUUUUUCAAUUUCAACACAAAUUUUUGAGAAUUUUCGAAUUAAUCAUUUUUAUGAUUUAGUUGAAUGUGGUUGGAUUUUAGCAAAUUCAGCUCAGAUGCUGCAAUUUUGGUAAAAUUCUUCCAAAAAUUUGUGAAAUUCACAGGAAAACGAAGAAACCAGAGGGCGACUAUGCUUAAUUCAGACGUCAAUGCAGAUUUUCAGAGUUUGUUCUUUUCCCCUUUUCUGAUUACCUUAUGGAUGGGUGAAUCCCUAAUAGAUUCAAUUUAAUUCGGUGAAAUGGAAAUAAUUUAAUUCAAUUUAUUUCUCUAUUUUCACUGAUUGAGAAUGUGAGAGUGAUGGAAAUUAUUUGGGAGCAUAGUCCAGAAAAUGAUUACGAGAAGAAGAUGUACGAGGAGCUGAAGAAUGGUAAGUACCAGGUUAAGAUAUCUAACAAAUCUUACGCAUGUCCCUACUGCCCGGAGAAACGAACCCGAGAUUUCCGGUACGAGGAUUUGUUGCAGCAUGCAACUGCAAUCGGCAGUUGUAGUUCGCAGAAUGUGAAGAGAACCGAACGAGACAAGGCGAAUCACGUCGCGCUGACAAAGUACUUGCAAACCGACAUAGCUGUUCUUCCCGCAGGUGGUGGUUCGAAGCCGCCUUCCGCUAAGAGCCAUGCUGCCGCCGUUUUAGAACAAGGGUUACAAGGCCGUGACGAGGUUUUUGUCUGGCCAUGGACCGGCGUCAUGGUCAACAUUCCCACCGAUUUAAAGAAUGGUCAUUACGUGGGGAAGGGUGGUAUUAAAUUAAGGAAUCAGUUGGCGAAGAGAAAAUUUAAUCCGAUCAGAGUUCGGCCUUUGUGGAGUUACCAAGGCCAUUCGGGAACUGCUAUAGUUGAGUUUCAUAAAGAUUGGUCUGGAUUAACCGACGCCAUGUCGUUUGAGAAAGCUUACGACUCCACUAAUCAUGGAAAGAGGAAUUGGUUGGCGAAGACGGACAAAAGUUCGGACGACGUCUAUGCAUGGAUUGCUCGAGUGGACGACUAUAAAUCUAAUAGUAUUAUUGGAGAAGAUCUUCGCAAGAUUGGUUACCUUAGACCCAUAUCGGAUAUAUUGGAAGAGGAAGCUCGAAAGACUAACAUAUGCCCAUAUUGCCCCUGGAGAAGGACGAUAAAUUUCCAGUAUAAGGAUCUGUUGCAGCACGCGAGUGCGAUUGCCACUUGUAGUUCGAAGAAAAGAACCGCAAAGGACAAGGCGAACCAUCUUUCUCUGGCAAAGUACUUGCAAAUCGACUUUGCUGUUGCUUGUGCCGGCAGUUCCACAAAGCCGCCUUCUUCUUCUGUUGUAGUGGAAGCUGUUACGGAUUACGACCCUAGUGAAAUGCUUGUCUGGCCAUGGAGUGGCGUUGUUGUAAAUAUUCCUGUUGAGUUGAUAGAUGGUCGCUAUGUGGGGGAGAGUGGUAGUAAAUUGAGGGAUCGGUUGUCGAGGAGAGGGUUUAAUCCGAUUAGGGUUCGGACUUUGUGGAUUGACAAAUGGCAUUCGGGUACUGCUAUUGUUGAGUUUCGUAAGGAUUGGUCUGGAUUUGCCGAUGCUAUGUUUUUCGACAAAGAUUACGAGGUUAACAAUCAUGGAAAGACAAAUUGGUUGGCAAAGACCGACAAGAGUUCGGAUCUCUAUGCGUGGAUUGCUCGUGUAGAUGACUAUAAUGCUAACGACGUUAUUGGAGAAACUCUUCGUAGAUUCGGAGAUCCAAGAACUGUGUUGGAUAUCAUGGAAGAGGAAGCUCGAAAGACUAACAAGCUUGUAAUUAGUUUAACGAAUACUUUCGAGUCGAAAAAAAGGUGCUUGCUUGAGAUGGAGAGUAAAGUGAAGGAGACUGAAAGCUCUUUAAGCCAAUUGAUCGUGGAAAGGGAUAAUAUUCGUCGAGUUUACAAUGAAGAGAUAAGAAAAAUUCAGUCGAGUGCGUGGGAUCAUUACAAGAAGAUAUUCAAAGACCAUGAGAAGCUGAAAGUUGAAUUAGAAACUCAAAAGAGAGAUCUCGAGCGAAGGGGUCAAGAGCUGAUGAAACGUGAAACACACAACAAAAUCGAGAGAGAAAGGCUCGCUGAAGAACUUGAACAGAAUGCUGUUAAAAAUUGCUCUCUUCAAGCUGCUGCCAAGGAACAACGAAGAGCUGAUGAGAAUGUAAUGAAAUUGGCCGAAGAACAUAAGAAACAAAAGGAGAAGCUCCAUAAGAGAAUUAUUCAAUUGGAGAAACAAUUGGAUGCAAAACAAGCAGUGCAGCUUGAAGUAGAGCAACUGAGAGGUAAACUAAAUGUGAUGAUGCACAUGGGGCACGAAGGAGAUUUACGAGUGUUAAAUAAAGUGGAAUUGCUGAUCAAGGCAUUGAGAGAGAAAGAAGAAGAGCUUCAAGAUUUGGAAGCUUUAAACCAAUAUUUAAUUUUGCAGGAGCGCAACAGAAAUAAUGACCUACAGGAUGCUCGGAAAGAAUUGGUUAAUGGCUUCAAAGAAAUAUCAAUAAAUGGUCGUAUUGGCGUGAAGAGAAUGGGGGAGCUCGACAGCAAGCCAUUUCAUGAAGCAAUGAAAAAAAAGUAUAAUGAGGCUGAAGCAAAUGAGAGGGCCUCCGAAUUGUGCUCUCUGUUCGAAGAGUACCUUAGAGACCCUGAAUGGCACCCUGUGAAGGUUGUUGACGUUAAUGGUACACAUCAGGCUGUGAUAAAGGAAGAUGACGAAAAACUGAGGGACCUGAGGGAAAAUUAUGGUGAAGAAGUUUACAAUGCUGUGACAUCAGCUUUGUGUGAGAUAAACGAAUAUAACCCGAGUGGAAGGUACAUUAUUUCUGAAUUGUGGAACUAUGAUGAAGGCAGGAGAGCUAACCUCAAAGAAGGAGUUGCAGUUUUACUGAAGCAGUUGAGAUUGUACAAGCGAAAGAGAGGAGAAAUCGAUUAACUUUGGGAUUGGACUAUCUAUUAGCUUAGUUUUGGUUUUGAGUCUAGAUAACAAAUAAUUGAAUUUACACACAAUCAUAUACAUAUAUGUAUAUGUCCAUGUGUGUAAAUCAGUGAAGGUCAUCGGGUGUAGAAUAGAAUAAACAGAGACUUUGUAUUGGAUGGUUUUUGGUUUGGACUAGUUGAUCUUGGGGCUAAUUUAAACCAUGUUCACAUGGGAAAAAAUUGCCACCGCCGGC